UGACGUCAUUCGAUGGCGUUUGUGAUGUCUCGGUUUCUCUCCGAACUGCAGGCGGGAGGCAAAUCCAGCGACCGGGCGACGGCGCGUCAGUGCAUCGAUGCGCUAGUGCUAGCGCUCGCCCUUGACCGUGCGUCGGUAUCGUUCAAAUGCCGCUGUCGUGAAAACCUCGCUGAAUCGGCGCCCUCUCUGUCCGUCCCCGACGUCACCCGCACAACGGAAACCGGACCGACUCUUGCAACCGCUUCACCGGCGCGCUGCCGUCCUCCGAUCCGACCGACAACGGCUCGAGGAUUUUGACCGCAGCAGCCUGUUCGGCCGGGAGGGACUCCUCGCCGGUCCAGUCGAGCGGCAUGGGAGACGAAAUCGUCGAAGAGCGCAUCGUGAUGACGCCCAAGAAGUCUGCCGAGGGCCAUACGACCAUCAAGAUGGAGCGGGUGGCCGUUGAAGAGCUGGACGAGGGCAGCGUCAUGCACUUUGCAGGGGGAGACCACCAGGGCAUCGUCAUCAACAGGCUCACCAGCCACGACGACAAGGAAGACUGCCUCCCGCAGCUGUCCUUGGAGUUCCGGGUGUUUCUCACCAACGUGGUGACCGACACUCACACGCGGGAAAGCCGAGAACUCAAGUUCUGGUUCAAGCCCCAUGUGGCUGAGAAUGACCGGCGUCACGCUGCCCAGGACUUCUUCAAGGACCUGGUCAGCCCCGGCGACUUUCCCCGAGAUUAUGUGGGCUUCAUCAAGAAGAUAAUGAAGCUGAUGCAGGUGAAGUACCCCAACAUGCGCAAGGUGGAGAUUGACAUGAAGCAGCUGGAGAACAUCUCAGAGCCGCCCACUCGUCCCAUGUCCAUGGACGACUCAAUGGUGGGCUCCAAGACGGAGCUAAGUCAGGAGAAGGUGCUGGAGGUGAUCGAGUCAGCCUACCCGAACCCGGUCUCUCUUGGUCAGCUGGCCAAGUCUACCCUGUCGGCGGAGGAGGAGGUGCACUUGCACCUGCGGGAGCUGCUGGCCAAGAACCUCAUCAAGGAGAUGGAUUCAGGGAGCUACACGCGAGUCGUCCAGAACGACACCGAGGUGAAGCUGGUGCGGCAGAUGCCCACGGUGCACGGCUCCCAGCAGCCGACCAUAGCCAUCAUCACGGCCCAGUACUGCGAGAAGCUGGCCGUCGACGUCAUGAUCGAGAACAAAAACACCUUUGUCCGCUACAAGACGGAAGGCGAGUCCAACGUGUACACGCUGGGCAACAUUGGUGCCCACCGAGUGGUUUCGACCAAGCUGCCUGCCGUGGGACACUCACGGGGUGCCAUCAUCGCCGCCGGCAACACCACCACCCGCCUGCUCGGGACAUUCCAGAAGGUGGACUAUGUGUUUUUGGUCGGCGUGGGCGGCGGGGUGCCUCACUACACGGACCACUCUCGCCACGUGCGCUUGGGAGACGUGGUGGUGUCCGCGCCAACGCCGUGCGGAGCAGCCGCCACCAAUGGCUCAACGACUGGCGCCGCGAAGGGGCGCCACGUGUACCUGUUUGCGGAGCCCCAGCGGCGGUCGCCGGACCGCCGGCCUGGCAGCAGGGACCCUUCGCCCACAGACGCAGCACUUGCCUACACGGUCAAGACCUGGUGCCCUCCGGAGCUCAGGCUGCAGGAGGUGGCGGAGCAGCUGUGGCAGCAGGGUGCCCUCGACCCCAGCCUGCGUCCCUGGGAGGACUACAUCCGGGAGGGUGCGGCCGCCCUGGCGGACCAGGAGUCGGACUUCUCGCGCCCGCCGGCUUCCUCGGACCACCUGUACAUGUCCAUCGGGGGCAAGGACCUCAUUGAGGUGGGCCACCCAACUGCGCCCCGAGAUACGCCGGACCCCCGGCUGCCCGGCCGCCCCGUCGUGCACCUGGGCCCCGUGGGGUCCGGCCGCGGCAGCGCGGUGCGCGAGGACGCCCAGCGGCACGCGCUGGCCGAGGAGCACGGGGUGCGCGCCUUCGACACGGGCUUCGACUCGGUCGUGGAGUCGGUGUUUGGCAACCGCAAGGACAACUACGCCUUCGUGCGCGGCAUCGCCGACUACAAGGACGGUAGCAAGGGCCGCGAGUGGCAGCCCUACGCCGCCCUCGCCGCCGCCGCCUUCAUGAAGGCUGUGGUGUGCGCCCUCGCACCCCUUGACGAGGAGUGAGGGCGGCGCUCUCGAGCCCCGGCUGACGUCUCGUGGGAGGGCCCCAUGGUCACCUGGGACCCGCCUGGGGCCCCCCCGCGAGCCGGACUUGUGAUCUCGAUGGUAUCCAAAGUCUCGUGGGGGCCUGCGUUGCGUUUGGACGAAGCGUUGGCUCCAACAGGAGAUAUAUGGUCGCUCGCUACAUUGCUGGAUCUUUGCGGCAGUGACUGUGACGACGAACUGUGUCUGUCGUUUGAUCUCUGUCCGACCGGUCUGCUCCGAGAAAUGUCCCACUUGCACGCAGGCUGGUGCGAGGCCUGCGUGGAAGCACUGGAGUCUCGAGUCUAUCCGGUGCUCACAUUAAUUUAAGUUGUCCGAGGAUGAUGAGCAUUGAUGUGGGCUACAGGUAGACUCCCUAAGACGUUUCUUUCUACGAUCGUUUGUAAGCUCAAGCUUUAUUCCCUUUGCAAUCGUUGGAAGCCCACACUCCCAGGGACAGGUUAGCACACGCUUGUCUGUCUGGAGAUUUGUAGGCAGAAUGUACAUAAAGAAACCAAAGGGUCGUAUAGCGAUGACUGUCAAGUGAGGGACGGCAAUGAUUUUGAACAGUCUUUGUGCUUGAUGCGUGUGAGCACUUCCCAUAAGUACGAAGAGUGGCCUGGUCAUGUGUGGCACUAAAGGCAGUAAAACAAUGCUGGCUGCAUUUGCUUUUUGUUGCUUAAGUGUUUGUGUAAAUAUUUUUGAGAGCCUUCUUUUAGGCAGAGUAUUAUGGAAAAUGAGCACUAUUUUUUUGUGCGCUGCUUAGAGAAUAGUAAAUAUGACUGUGCUUUAGUCUCUGCCAAACCCUGAAUCGUUAAUAAGUUUUAUAGACGGGUUUCUGAAAUUGCCCAUGGGGGAGUAUUUUGAAGACCUCUUUUCUCUCGCUGCACUCAAACUUUUCUUUGUCUACUGGUUUGAGAGGAAGGGGCAAUUCUCUUGAUGAGCGUGUGAUCAAGGAAACGAGACUUGGCAGGCCAUUGUAAAGUGUUGAAUGGUGCUAUGAUGCAGGUUCAUAUUUGUUUUAUUUUCCUCCGUCUUAAAGGUGCACUAAAGACGUUUCUGAGAUUGUCUGUUCUUGGUGAUAACUCAUUCUACAAGAUCUUAGCAUCCCAGAAAUCGAAAAAUUGUGCUCGUGCAACAUCUAUUUUCCUAUUAAAAAUGUGAUAGAAGUUUGUGCCAUGCCUCUUUCUGAGCGGAAAAAUCUCGAGCACAUAAUCCAGCGGAGGCGCCGGUGGCGUGACGACGGGCAUGCGCGCGUCAGCCAGUCGCAAGUUGCUUCUCUCGGAAAGGUGGCUUGCGACUGGCUGACGCGCGCCCGUCAUCACGCUGCCGGCACCUCCGCUCAAUUCUGUGUUCCAGAUUUUUCCGCUCAGAAAGGGUCGUGGCACAAACUUAUAUCAUUUUUAGUAGGGAAAUAGACGUCGCACGAGCAUUAUUUUUCGGUUUCUGGGAUGCUACAGUUCUGUAGUUUGAGUUAUCACCAAGAACAGACAAUCUCAGAAACGUCUUUAGUGCACCUUUAAGGGAAAAUAUUCAGUACACUAUAUUGUGGGUGCAUGCUUCUCCAUAGCUUGUUGCCAUAUGUGUAUUCCAUUUUUGAAUGACACCACCCGUUUCUCUUCCACUUGGAAUGCUCAGUUUGCAAUGACCCCUAGUGGGAGCAGCAGCAGAUAACUUUCAGAGUACUCCAGUACUUGGGAGGCCCAGUUGCAAGUAAACUUGAAUAGAUAUCAUUGCAUUAGAUUACACCCUUUUGGACUGUGCCAAGUUUAGCUCCUUCUGUAAAACGCUGGGUGCAGUGCAAGACAGCGUGCAUGCACUCUUUCUGGCGGAUCGACUGUCUGCAUUUGAGGAAGGACCCUAGAGUACAAUUGGGUGACGAAGGAAUGCCGCAUUUGUUCCGGCAACGAUUUUGAGGAUUAUUCCCGGGACCUGCUGCUCCUUUUGGGCGUGAGCCACUUCCAGCCACCUUGCCUAACUUUUUCCGAGCUUAAUUUUUUGUCGUAUUAUUUCGAAGCUACUCGAACAAACUACUUGCAGUAUGCUUGUCUGUUGUUUAGCACUAUGUUUUGAGAUGGCACAACCGUGCAAUUGCUCUGCUCUGACCAUGAAGUUGGAGCGUGCAUUUUGAUGGCAUCUGAGAGCCAUAGGUGCACAGUUCCUCCGUGCACAAUUUCCGAUUCGAGCUAACGAGCGUACAAAUGUCGGGUCAGCAGAAAAAAGUGAAUGAGCUAGUCUAUUUUCGAUGUGUGGGUGUGCCCAUCCUCUGCUUCGUAGGUACUAUACAUAUUAUGGCACACUUUGCGUCUUGUCUAAUCGGACGUGCUGCGAAUGUCGGCGAGUUGUUGGAGCCUGGGCUCGUCUAGUUCUCUGCUUGUUCGUCACCUGCUAUACUUUUUGUAUGCAGGCUAAACUUGCAACUUAUGUCUUGGGGACAAGGGCAAAAAUGGCACAAAUCAGAACGGACGAAGCAAUUGCACCUCCAACCGGGGGUGGCAAACUGGAGCUCGCGUGCAGAUGUGCUGUUGAUGCAGGCUUCUAUAUAACCUUCAAGGAGGUCUAUGCAAGCUGGUCACGGCUCCAGCAAAACUUUUCCUGGCUUUGCUACUUCAUGGUUUAGCCACUAGGUGCCGUAUAUUUUUGACUCGACGGCGAGUAAAGAGCUGCACCUAUUUCGAUGACGGCUGCUUGCUUUUCUUGCUCGGUGCUGUCGCAGUUUCGUGCCAUAAUGCAACUAUUUGAGAGCAGAUCGGACAAAAGCUUUGCCAAUACUACGCAAGAGGCAGUGCCAGCUGAAUCGUACAUCGUACCUUCUGCUCUGUUGCACUGGGAAUUCAUAUUAAAAAUAGCGCAAAAGGGGUGUCUAGCAGGUCGAGAUAUGGAGGGGAAAAAAAUACUUCCGUUAAAGUUUGCACCUGCAUUUGAGUAAUCAUUCCUUUACUUGAGGCUGAUGAGUGUCAAAAUGUGGACAUUUCUCGUGCUAUCCAUACUAUCGCAACAAACUUUCUCCCACACUCCUAGAAUAAAUUUAUGAAUGUAUAGAGUCGAGACUAUUUACGAGUAAGCCUCACCAGUUUUUAUUUGACAAUCGAGCACCAUUUGCCUGAUUGUCAAUGUAGUAGCUUAAAUAAGUAACCUAAAUAGUAACUUGCCACUUGAAUUUAAGAGAAAACUGCGUUCCGGAAGAGAUUAAUUUGUUCUUCGUCUUAGUAUUCUGAAAACCUUGGCACUUAAAAGCUUUGCACACAGCCAGUUUCUAUACUUCCAUGUGGUGCAGUUGCGGCUCCAACCAUGCGUUGUCUAGGUGUUUGCAUCUCGAUAUGGUUGCAGUUGCGCUGAGCCGUCCAGUCUGGAAAAGUGCAAGGGCUUCUCUCGGCUGCUUUUCGUAAUGGGUGUUAUUCAUCUAAGCAAGCAGAAUUUGGUGAAACAAAACCCUGCUCACAAUUUUCGCUCAAGCAGUGUUUCAGCGAAUAGCAGUGUUCAUUUUAGCGAGCAAAUUUUAUGUGUGCAUGGUAACCAAGAUGGCUUUAGAAAGGAGCCAGCAUGAUGGGAUGGGUAUUUUGUACGAAAACAGCAGUCGCAUUGCUUUUUCAGUUUUAUUCGCGAUUAUGUUUUAUACUUUUGGAUUGGUCUUAGUGAAAUGCGGGCAAGGCGACGAGAAUCGUCCGCUGGUUACCCUUGGGAGGUGCGGGCCUGCAAGGAGUAUAUUAUUGAAGAGAGGAGAGAGCAUCCCUCCUGUCUACAAGUAUGGGUAGUUGUUUCAGCUUAUCCAGGACGUUUCCGUAAUGUGUGGGCAAAAACAGGACCGUUUGCUAAAAUGUCGGUCGAUGAAGUGACCGUUCAGUAAAGCAACUGCUAUGCACUAAAAUCAAUCAUUAUAGAUGAAUAUGAACCCCUUAGUCAUUUGUUUUCUUUGAUAAUCACAAGCGGUUGAGCUUGAACCGUGUAGUUCAUCGGUUUUACCUGUGGGUUGUUUUUGCAUUGGAUCGUUUAUUUGUGAUGCUAGGAGAUACCUUACGUUUCAUUUUUUUUUUCUCAAAAGUCAGCAAGUCCACGUCAAGUUUUAUUUAGGGUUGAAGAAAGCUGGAGAGGAUGUUGAGGCCAUUGUUUGAUUCUAUUUUUCUAAGCGCCUGUUACCCGUUGCAGCUGCGUUGUUGCACCUGUCUGACGCACACCGCCGUUUCAACGUCGCGACACACCAAGUGGUUGUCGAGACCCCCCCGUCAUUUGCCGCUGUAGUGUGAACAGGACUGCAGCCCAGUUGAAGAAUUGUAAACUCGAGAGAGGAUGUUAUAUCUGUAAAAUAGCAUUUUAUUGCCUGUAAUCACCAUCUCCAUUAGAUUUUUAUAGGCAUGUACCAAUUGCUUUGUGUGAAAUAAUAAAGGAAGAUGUUAAUAUAUUCGCUCAGAUGAGCGAGAACAAA